AUGUUAUCAACUAUAUUGAUAUUCUUAUGUUUUUCAAUAAUAUUCUGGUGGAAGAAACGUAAAGUGAGACACACUAGGCAACCACCUGUGCAUCCCGGUGUUUUACCACUCAUCGGUCACUUACAUUUGAUAAUGGGUAAUUAUAAACGUAUGUGGCGCGUUUUGAAGAAGAUUGCACAUGAAUGUAUCGAAUUGGGCCACGCUACUACAUUACACUUUGGCUCCCGUUGUUAUUAUGUUAUAACAGACCCAGAUGAUUGUUUGACGGUGGCUAACUCGUGUCUACAAAAGGACACUAUUUACGAAUUCUCGAAACCUCUUUUCGGUGAAGGAUUAAUAACAGCUCCCGUGCACAUCUGGAAAGAGCACCGCAAGCUUCUAAACCCUACAUUCAACCUAAAGUUUUUAAAUGGAUUUCUUUACGUUUUCAAUAAACAUGGAAAAGAGUUAGUUCGAGAGAUAGAAAUAGAAUCUAAAUAUGGGCCGUUCAAUCCAGAGCCUUAUUUAAAACAAAACGAAAUGAAAAACAUAUAUAUUACAGCUUUAGGUUUGGAUUUUAGUAAAUACAAAGUGUUUCAAGAAAAAUACGAAAACACGUUAGAAUCCAUAUUAAAAAUUUAUAUCGAAAGGUUGCAAAAAUUCUGGUUACACUAUGAAUUUAUUUGGAACAGAAGCAACCUAAAAAAGAAACACGAUAAAUAUGUAAAAACAUUGCACGAUAUGAUGCACUGGAUUAUUCAAGAAAAGAGACAAAUAAAUAACUGUUAUAUUUCGAAGGAUUGGAGUUUUACACCAUUUGUGGAUAUAUUUUUUGAUUUUAAAAGAAAAACAAGUAAUAUAUUCUCGGAUACUGCCAUUAGAGAUCAUAUGAAUACAUUGAUGGCUGCCGGUCAUGACACUAUUUCGGUGGCCUUGAGUUAUAUUUUCUUGAUGAUUGGUUCGUAUCAAAAUGUACAAGACCGGAUCUACAGAGAGUUACUCGAAGUAUUUGAUAAUAUGGAAAGAGACGUCGAAAAGGAGGAUUUGAUUAAACUUAUAUACUUAGAUGCGGUCAUUAAAGAAACAAUGAGGAUAUAUCCUAUAGUUCCCAUGAUAGGCCGCUACAUCGAUAAAGAUAUAAAACUCAAACACUAUACACUUUUAGCGGGUAAUUCAUGUGCAUUAAUGAUAUACGGAAUACAUCGAAAUCCAAUUUGGGGUUCAGAUGCAGAUCAAUUCAAACCAGACAGGUGGUUGGAUUCAUCAUCUCUGCCACAAAAUUCUUACAGGUUUCUUCCGUUUAGUCUAGGAAAACGAAUUUGUAUAGGAAAGUCAUAUGCCAUGAUGUCGUUGAAAGUCACGUUAGUCUACAUUUUGAGGAACUACCGCAUUGCUGGGGAUCACACUAAAUUGAAAAAUAAGUUGGGUAUUUUGCUGAGACCUGAUUCUGGACAUUUUAUUUCAAUAACUCCCAGGAAGUAG